AUAAAAACCCUAAUACGUGUAUCUAUCUUCUUCAUUAUCUCUCCGCCUCACUCAUUAGCUUCUCCUCUCCCGUUAGCUCCCACCGUAACACACACCUGAUCCGAUUAUCAGAAGCACAAGCUUGGUAUAUAUUCUCCGAGUCUGAGCUAUGGCUUUGGUGAUGCACUCGUACAAGGGAAACAAAAACUCUGACAAGGCAUUCAUUGCCGCAGAGUUCGCUGGUGUGAAGAUCGAUAUGCCUUCUGGCUUUGAGAUGGGUGUCACCAACAAAACCCCUGAGUUCCUCAAGAUGAACCCUCUCGGAAAGAUUCCUGUUCUUGAGACUCCUGAGGGUCCUAUCUUUGAGAGCAACGCCAUUGCCCGUUACGUAAGCAGAUUGAACGGUGACAACUCCUUGAACGGAUCCUCUCUGAUCGAAUAUGCACAUAUUGAGCAAUGGAUCGAUUUCUCCUCAUUGGAGAUUUAUGGAAACAUCUUCAACUGGUUCGUCCCAAGAAUGGGCUUUAUGCCUUACAGUGUUCCCGGUGAGGAAGCUGCGAUCUCUGCUUUGAAAAGAGGACUUGAGGCUCUGAACACACACCUCGCCUCCAACACUUACCUCGUUGGACACUCUGUCACCCUUGCUGAUAUCAUCACCGUCUGCAACUUGAACCUUGGAUUCUCCACCGUCAUGACCAAGAGCUUCACCUCUGCCUUCCCUCACGUUGAGAGAUACUUCUGGACCUUGAUCAACCAGCCGAACUUCAAGAAGGUGGUGGGUGAUGUCAAACAGACUGAAUCUGUCCCUCCUAUCAAGAAAGCCGGGCAGCCUGCGAAGCCCAAGGAGCAGCCUAAGAAAAAGGAAGCUCCUGCAGCAGAGGCACCUAAGGUUGUCGAAGAAGAAGAAGCGCCAAAGCCUAAAGCAAAGAACCCUCUUGACUUGCUGCCACCGAGCCCAAUGGUUCUUGAUGAGUGGAAGAGGCUUUACUCCAACACCAAAUCUAACUUCCGCGAGGUUGCUAUUAAAGGGUUCUGGGACAUGUAUGACCCUGAGGGAUACUCACUAUGGUUCUGUGACUACAAGUACAACGACGAGAACAUGGUUUCGUUUGUGACCCUCAACAAGGUAGGAGGGUUCCUUCAGCGCAUGGACUUGGCACGUAAGUACGCCUUUGGAAAGAUGCUGAUUUGCGGGUCAGAGGGUCCGUUCAAGGUGAAGGGUUUGUGGUUGUUCCGUGGACCAGAGAUCCCCAAGUUUGUGAUGGACGAGGUUUAUGACAUGGAGCUGUACGAGUGGACUAAGGUUGACAUCUCCGAUGAAGUUCAGAAGGAGCGUGUUAGCCAGAUGAUUGAAGACGCAGAGCCAUUUGAAGGUGAAGCUGUCUUGGACGCCAAGUGCUUCAAGUGAGAAAAGAGAAUUGGUUUGAUUCGAUACUCGAUACUCCAUAGGGCUCUUGCUCAAUGACUUUUGUUUUGAUAUCUUAUGUGUUGCUUAUACUGUUUUUCCAAUUAUUACUUGUUUUUAUUUUGCCUGUGACAUCAAUUUAAUAUGGGGUCGUUAUGUUAUAUGACACGUUUAAAUCAA